AUGGCUAUCGGCAUCUUUUCCAAACCGGCGUUGGCUAUGGACCACAGUGGGAUUCCCAACGUCGGUCCCUGCCAACGUAAUCGAUUCGAAGAACUCGUCGUCCGCCUCAAGGAUGCCCUUGGCCCAUCAUCAGGGUUGACUUCGGACGACGUAGAUGUCAACUACCUUCAACAACUGAUGGAAGGCUACGAUAGCUCCGAUAACCAAUGGAGUCGAUAUGCCUUUGGCGAUAGUAGCAGGGGAUACACCCGCAACCUUGUCGACGAGGGGAAUGGCAAGAGCAAUCUGCUCGUACUUGUAUGGUCUCCAGGAAAGGGGUCACCCAUCCACGACCACGGAAAGGCGCACUGCCUGAUGAAGAUACUCCGCGGCGACUUGACCGAGACUCGAUAUGCUUUCCCAGAAAACAACCAAGAGGAAGAACCAAUGCAAGUCAUAGCCGAGACAGUGUAUAAGUCGGGCGAGGUAGCAUAUAUGAGUGAUGACCUUGGUCUGCAUCGUGUGUCCAACCGCGGCAGCGACUUUGCUGUCUCGUUGCAUUUGUACACUCCUCCAAAUGUAGCCAAGAAGGGAUGUCAUAUCUUUGAUGAGAAGACAGGACGAAAGAGUCAUGUGCCGGGCUGCCACUACUACUCAGCAUAUGGGCGGUUGCUCAAGGAAUAG